CCAGAGCGUGAGCGUGGAGCGAGAGCCGGAGAAUCGGGAGCAAAACCAGCAAAACAAAUUAAUAGAAACAACAAAUUAAUGCCAGAUAUGACCAAACUAGGUAUUUUUUCUCGAGUCCAGCAUCAACAUUGGACAAUUUGACUCUUGUUCAUCGAAACUUCGUUACCAAGUCAACACGAUUCGUGCCAAAGACUAUAACCAAAGAAGAGAAUGAAAGAACCUGGGAAAAAGAAGUCUGAUGUUUGCAAACAGCACAAAUGCAACUAUCCAGGUUGCUCAAAAGUCUUCAAUCGCCCAUACAGACUGAAGGAGCACAUUUCUGCUUCACAUGUUGGAGAGAAACAAUUUACUUGUCCAGAGUUUGAUUGCCAAAAAGCAUACGCUAGUAAAUACAAGCUACACUUGCACUUGAAAAAUCAUAAUAGUGGAGCACUGCCUCUCGGUAACUGUACCUCAGGAAAUUUGGAUCCACUGGCCAGUAAGGCAAAUGAAGCUGCAUCUCCUACAAAAGCAAGUGCCCUCGUAAAGUGCCAUAUUCCUUAUUGUAAUAAGGUUUAUGCCAACAAGUAUAGCAUGAUGAAACACGUCAAAACCGAUCAUAUUUUGGCAAAGAGUUCUUUAUACGAUUGCGCUUCGUGUGGCUCUCGAUUCAAAACACACAAGGCCAUCAAAGAUCAUUGGCAUACACACCUAGGGUUGACACCGUACAGCUGCAAAUUUUGUCCAAGAGUGUUCAGUUGCGUUAGACUGUUAAAAAAACACGUGUGGCAUCACAAUGUUUUCAAGUGCAACACUUCAAACUGUCCUGACUGGAUCUUGGGGAAGGAAAACUUUCGUUUACACAAGCAGCAAUGUCAUUCAAUAGGCUAUGUGACAUGCCAUUAUUGUAAUCGGCAGUUUGAGAGAAAGUGUCACCUCUCGCGUCACAUUAAAUACAAGCAUUUUCCGCGUAUUCCGGUGUUCUUGAAGUGCACCCAUUGUGACAGGGUAUAUAAUCACAAAAGAAAUCUGGAUAUGCACAUAAAGAUCAAACACAAGUUAUUGAGGAUUCCUUGUCAAUUGUGCGAAAAAACAUAUACGACUAACCAACGUCUGGCAAAACACAUGGCGAUGCAUGAACCAGGUUAUGCUUACAGACGUGUCUACCCCAGAGUGCCAAAUCGAAAGACAAGAAAGGACGCUGGAGUUCCCAGAAUCGAAAUGGCAAAGUUGCUUGCUGGGAUCUAGAGAGCCAUGUAGAAAUCCUACCUCUUCUCAAGCUACAAUAUUUGAACUAUAAAACAGCUGCUUCUUAAAACAGUUUUAUACAUCUUAGAAUGAUAUUAAAUCAGAUUGAAAGGAAAA